GUUGGCUCAUUCAUUCCUCCCUAAUAUUUUUCAAUUUUCAUUCGUUUCGUUCGUUCGCUCGCUACCUAGCUUGCGAAAGUCGUACUGCUAUUUUUUCAGUUAUUAUGUAUUUGUAUUAAUGUAAAUUAUAAUUGAAAAUGUGUUCUCCACCCUAUAUGAUCGUUUUAUCAUAACAGUAACUAAAUAACAGUCCAUCGCGACAGUUCGCGAUGGAUGUCCCGGAUGAAGGUGUUUUGGAUGUGGAUUUGUUAGGGGACGAAGGUUCCGAGGAUGAGGGAGACGGAGCGCCCCCGAGUUCUGACUUCUACGCGGGUCCGGCGUCGACGCCAACCUCUUGCGCGUCGUCGCCGCGCGGCGAGGAGCCCGCGUCGCCGCACGGGGGUGCAGCGGCGGCGCCCGCGUUCUUCCACCACCAGCCGUAUGCGCGGCCCUUCUUUACCUCGGGCCGCCGCGGGCCCGGCAGGCCGAGGAAGGAAGGCGCCAAACUGGCGAGAGAGGGCAAGAUUGUUAGAAGGUACCGAGGUGGUGGUGCUGGCUCAGUCCGUGGGGCUAAAAGACACCGAGGCAGCCGAGAUGACGCCCUUGAUGACAUGAUGGAUGAGGAUGACUUCACCAUGCCUGCUCCUGAAGAACCACCUUUUAUGCCUGAGAAAUGGCCAGGCAAAGCUUGCGCUCUUUGCAACUUGACCGAGCGCAGUCAGCUAGGCCAAGGCGAGAUGCGUCAAUUCCUCUGCAACAUCGGCGAAGGAGACGGCAGCACCACACCAACAGUGCCUAGUGGGGGGACCACUCCCAAUCCUACUCCGAUUAGUACCCCAACCACCCCUGUCACCCCCGGUCUAGCCUCCCCUCCCCCCGAGCUUGUGGACCCUAAUCAACAUCCCUUGGCGUUGCCGCUGAGUAGGAGGCAGAAAGCAUUUAAUAAGUGCAAAACGCCUUUACACAACCUAGAGCACAUAGAUGAAUUGUCCAUCAUCGGACAUGUGGAGUCCAUUGAGCUCCCUGCUGUGGUCAGCUCUGGAGCCUUCUAUGUGCACCGCUGCUGCCUUGAGUUUAGCCCGCCCUUCCAUGAUCAGGUGGCUGCCUCAGCUGAGGAGGAUAAAGAACAACUAGAAGAGUCCCGGGUGCGGGGCAUUGUGACGACCGCGUUGACGCGAAAAUGUGCCUUUUGCGCUAGACAUGGUGCGAGCAUUCCUUGUAAGAUGAGUUGCAGUAAAUACUUUCACCUGCCCUGUGUUCUCGCUUCCGGAGGUUUCAUGGACUUCCAGACCAAGUCUUCGUUUUGCAAAGACCACUUGUAUCAAGUGGCACUUAUUUGUACAGCUGACAUCGACUGCCGGACGUGCCGAGCCAUCGGCGAUAUAUUCAACCUCAUGACAUGCGUCACUUGCGGCGCGCAUUAUCACGGGACCUGCGUGGGCCUCGCACAGUUACCAGGAGUACGCGCGGGUUGGUCUUGCCGCUCAUGCCGAGUGUGCCAAGUCUGCCGCGGAGAAAGCGCGACCGGCGUCCCCGCCUCAGACUCCCGCGCGGUAACGUGCGAGCACUGCGACAAGAUGUACCACGCCAUGUGCCUGCGCCCUCGCAUGGCGACCGUGCCUAAAUACGGCUGGAAGUGUAUGUGCUGCCGCAUCUGCUCGGACUGCGGCGCGCGCUCGCCCGGCGCGGGCCCGUCGUCGCGCUGGCACGCGCACUACACGGUGUGCGACUCGUGCUACCAGCAGCGCAACAAGGGCAGCUGCUGCCCGCUGUGCCGCCGCGCCUACCGCGCCGCCGCCUACCGAGACAUGAUCCGGUGUAUUACGUGCAAGAGAUACGUCCACGGCAUGUGUGACCCGGAGGCCGAGCCGCAGCUGUACAAGCUGAAGAAAGAGCAGAACCCGCAGUACGAGUACAACUGUCCCAUCUGCAAGACACAAAUGCAGAUUACUGGCUCGAAACUCGGCUCGUUCGAGGAUGACAACACGGCCUCUACGUCCCAGGACUCUUCGUUCGGUGACGAGAAUUCGCAGCAGGAACAGGAUCCUCUCGCUAUUGAACCUAAGGUCCAUGCACUAACCUGUAAUUCCUUUCAGCCGGACGUCGGCCUCGGCAAGGGCAAACCGUACACUGUCUCCUCCAAAGUCGCUAAAAAGAAGAUGGGCGGCUACAAAUUCAAAGGCGGGAUGCACCCCGCCAAACUGGGCUUCCAGAAGCGCGCGAGAUCGGUGCUAGACUUUGGCCGCAAGAGGGGCACGAAACCCAAGAUGCGGGGGGUGUUUGGAGUGCCUGGGUUGGGGCUGCAGAGGCCGCAGGCCCCGGACAAUAAGACGACGGAAGAUGAUCCGGGUGUAGAGAACAAGCUAGUGCUUUGUUCAAGUAAAGACAAGUUCGUGCUGACACAGGACUUAUGUGUUAUGUGCGGUGCCGUGGGCACAGACUCCGAAGGGUGCCUUAUUGCUUGCUCGCAGUGCGGGCAGACUUCUCAUCCUUACUGUGUUAAUAUUAAGGUAUCUCAAGUAAUAGUAACAAUGGGCUGGCGCUGCAUCGACUGCACCGUGUGCGAGGGCUGCGGCAACCGCGGCGACGAUGGCUUACUCGUGCUGUGCGACGACUGCGACACUGCGUGGCAUACAUACUGCGCCAGGCCGCAGUUGGCCGAGGUUCCGCGGGGAGCGUGGCGGUGCGAGCGGUGCAGGAGGUGUCUCACUUGUGGGACCAGAGAGACCACGGCUUGGUGCGAGAACUACACAGAAUGCGGGCCGUGCGCGUCGCUAGUCAUGUGCUGCGUAUGUUCGGAGCCGUAUUCGGACGGAGAACUAAUUAUUCAGUGCGAAAAGUGUAUGCGAUGGUUGCACGCUUGCUGUGACUCGAUAAGGAGUGAGGGGGAUGCCGAAACUUGUUGCAGAGCUGGCUACAACUGCGUGGUGUGCCGCGGGCGCGACACGGCGCCGCCGCACCUGGCCGCGGCCCGGGCGGCGCCGCCCGCGCCCGCGCCGCGCGCGCCGCCGCCCACCGCGGCCGCGCUGGGGCUCGGCGGCGAGUACUACGUGGACGACGUGUGCCUCAGCCAGCGCGGCGCGCACCACAUGAAGCAGCUCGAGGCCGAGAUGGGCAUCACGCACACCCGCCGGAAGAGGCGUUUCAAGAAUGAGACCACCGAGAAGGACCAAGUGGUUCAGAACGCAGACGUCGAGAUGCCAGACGACUCCAAGCCAGACAGCACGGCCGAAGUUAAGGAGGAACCUGGUAUAUCAAACGCGAACCUCAAAGAGGGCAUACUCUGGAACGUAGUAAACGAAGGCCCUCCGCCCGAAGGCUUCACGGUUUAUACCACUGAAUCCGGGCUCACUGUGCUGCGUAGAAAGAGACAGAGGAACCUGAACAAGCUGGGUAUUGGAGGGUUCGUGGUGCGACAGAGACAGAACACUAAGGCGCAGGCAGACGAUGAGAAGGAUGGUGAUGGGACGCAGGCGUCUGGAGAAUCGCCGGGGAACAAGCGCAAGCCGCGUCGCAAACCGCGCUCCAAACUGAUGGAACAGUUCCCGUCGUACAUGCAAGAAGCGUUUUUCGGAAAAGAACUGUUGGAACCUGCCAAGCCGGCUGUCAGUUCUACUGGCAACCCGUCGUCCAGCCCCGGCGGCCUGGCGCGCCCCGGGACGCCCGAGGGCUACCGCGAGCUGCGCGACUUCCGGCUGGAGCCCGACAACAGCGACAGUGACGACGAGGAGGUGCUCGCAGCGCUCACCACCUUCAACGAGAACGACAGCUCCUACAUCAUCACCCUCAACUCCGAGGAAGUAGAACUCCUGAACACCCUAAAGCCCAAAGCGGAGAAAGACGACCCAGAUAACUCCAAAAUCAAGACUGAAGUCACGGAAGACAGCAUGAAGCAUACAGAAGACUCAACAGCACUGAAAAACGCGAUUCUCGGCCCGCAGCCCGCCGAGAGCGAGCCGACAGUGCCUUCCGAGAUACCCACUGUGCACAGUACUAAGACUGAAACUAUCAGCAGCGAGACGGGCGGAUCGUCCCAAGCGUCGACGAUAUCGCCGAAAGAUGACCUGUCGCUAUUGGGCGUCAAUCUGGACGCCAUGGUGCGAGACACUCUCCCCGAUAUGGACAGCAACGAUGUCGAUGAGAUCUUCAAGGGCGUCCUGACCGACGAUUCACAGGAAUCUCAAGAAUCAUCAGUAUCAUACGUGAACUCAAUGUCCGGCACGCCGUACUCUCAGCAGCGGCAGCAGUUGCAAAGCCCGAUGGAAUACGCCUCGCCUUACCACACUGACUUCGGCGGGAGCAGCAGCAACAGUGCGCUGAGCCCCUUGUUCUCGGAGUGCGGCGGCGGCGCUUGGGGCGGCGAGCAGCCCGCGGCGCCCACGCCCUCCUACAACCAGCGCUCCGCCGAGAAGAUGCGCGCCGACGAGAGCCUAGGCCCCGCCGCUACCAUAUCUGCAGUUCUAUACGCGAACACCAACCACCCCGAAUGGAAGACCGAGUUCCCCAACUGGACGGACCGCUGCAAGCAAAUACUAAAGAAAUGGCGUGCGCUCCCCGUAGAGCAAAAAGCGCCUUAUUUACAACGAGCGAGGGACAACAGGAGCGCUAUUCGCAUGAAGAAAGCACAGCAGGAGCAGGAGCGCGCGUGCGGGCAGCAACGCAGCGCGCGGGAGGCCGAGCAGGAGAGGCAGUGGAAGCAGUUGCAGCAGUUGCGCCAGCAGCAGACGCAGCAGCAACAGCAGAUUAUUCAUGAUCAGCGGAUACAAGCAGCGAUGCAGCGGCUUCGAACGCCUGACUCCGAGCCGCCGCCGUCACCAGCGCCCGAAGCUCCUCGCAGCGCCUUCCCGACCCAACGGUUCCAAUACGCCAACGAUGAUAACAUCAACCGGCAGCUGCGCGACCUGCUACAGCGGCAUCCUGAGAAGAUGUGGCCGGGACAAGGUAGCACCGAAGAAGGCGGUGGUCCCACGGGACUCGAGGGGCAGCCGUUCCGCCAUCCGUUGCCUGUGGGGCUCCGACCUCGAGCUCCGCUGCCGCCUGGGCAGCGCCCUGAACACCCUCUUCUUAUGCAUCAACGGCUAGUAGCACCCGAUGGCACGCCUAUACAGCAAAACGUCGGGAACCAGGGGCAGCAAGUUGAACAGAAACCACAUGUCAUGUCACAGCCCAACGCUCAAGGCGGGGAGAGCAAACAGGAGCCCGGUGAGCACGGGAACGAUGAAAUGGACAUGGGCGAUAUGGACAAACUGGAACAGGACGCUGGCAACAUUGGCGAGGUGGGCGACAUCCUCACCGGCCUAGGCGGGGAAGACGACGAGGAACUCCUAGAAUCACUGACAGCAGAAAUCGGGGAGCAGUUCAACAUCCUAGAGUACGCGGACCCGGAGCUCGCGGCGCUCAACGACGCGGAGCACAUCCUCGACGGGCUGGAACUGGAGGAGGUGCCCGAGCGGCAUGCCAAGAGGGAGCACCCCAUGUAAGUUAACUAUACAUGUACAGCAGAGAUACAGCUCAACAUCGUAGAUGAGGAGUCGGAACAGAAACCGGACACCAAGAUGGACAGCGAGCUGCAGAAAGCGGUGAAAAACAUUGAGGCGUCGCAAUGCAAACCGGAAGAUGACAAGCCGCGGCUACCGCACCAGCAAAUGCUACAGUCGGCGAUGCAGGCCAUCAAGGCGGAGGUGAAGCUGGAGGGGUCGGAGGUGAAGACGGAGCCCGAGUGGCGCGCCGGCGGCGCCGCGCCGCCGCGCCAGCUGUUCCCGCAGGCCUUCCCCGCCGCCCGCCUGCAGCAACAAGGCAUGGUGCAGCACGGGCAGUUCGCCGGCGCCCCGCAGAUGGGCCAGCAGGUGGCGCGCCCGCUGCAAUUCCAACACCACAUGCAGUUCGCACAGGUAACGACCACGCCCCUGUUCCACGACGGUGACUAUUGUCACCUGACCGUGACACUGCAGCAACAAGGCAUGGUGCAGCACGGGCAGUUUGCCGGCGCCCCGCAGAUGGGCCAGCAGCUGGCGCGCCCGCUGCAGUUCCAGCACCACAUGCAGUUCGCACAGGUAACGACCACGCCCCUGUUCCACGACGGUGACUAUUGUCACCGGACCGUGACACUGCAGCAACAAGGCAUGGUGCAGCACGGGCAGUUUGCCGGCGCCCCGCAGAUGGGCCAGCAGCUGGCGCGCCCUCUGCAGUUCCAGCACCACAUGCAGUUCGCACAGGUAACGACCAGGCCCCUGUUCCACGACGGUGACUAUUGUCACCGGACCGUGACACUGCAGCAACAAGGCAUGGUGCAGCACGGGCAGUUUGCCGGCGCCCCGCAGAUGGGCCAGCAGCUGGCGCGCCCGCUGCAGUUCCAGCACCACAUGCAGUUCGCACAGGUAACGACCACGCCCCUGUUCCACGACGGUGACUAUUGUCACCUGACCGUGACACUGCAGCAACAAGGCAUGGUGCAGCACGGGCAGUUUGCCGGCGCCCCGCAGAUGGGCCAGCAGCUGGCGCGCCCUCUGCAGUUCCAGCACCACAUGCAGUUCGCACAGGUAACGACCACGCCCCUGUUCCACGACGGUGACUAUUGUCACCUGACCGUGACACUGCAGCAACAAGGCAUGGUGCAGCACGGGCAGUUUGCCGGCGCCCCGCAGAUGGGCCAGCAGCUGGCGCGCCCGCUGCAGUUCCAGCACCACAUGCAGUUCGCACAGGGCGGCGCCAGCAGCGUCAACUCUGCGAGCAUCGUCAAUGCCAUGCAGGCGCAGGUGAAGGCGGCAAUGCAGGCCGGACGCAACAUAGCGCCGGGCACGCGUCUCGUGGGCGCGGACGGUGCCGUGGGCGUCGUCCGGCACGACCGCACCGUGCAACUUCACACACUGCCGCACUCGGCGACAGUGGGUGCUGGCGUUUCUCGGCCUCCACCGCCACCGCCGUACCCCGGCACGCUGCGUCAGCCUCAACCACCACCGCCGCCGUACCCACAGGUGCCCUAUGAAGCGGCGGACUGGGGCGACUGGCUGCAUCGACGCCCGCUGCUGCUGCAGAACGUAAACCAGGAGCAACCGUUGCUUCUGGAGGAGCUCUUGGAGCAGGAGAAGCGCGAGCAGGAGCGGGACGGCGAGUGGGGCGUGCCCGCGCAGGCGCAGGCGCCGCCGCCCGCCGCGCCGCCCGCGCCGCCCGCGCCCUCCAUCCCGCUGUACGCCGGCGCGCCGCCGCCCGCGCCGCCGCCGCCCGCCUCCGACUCCGACCACCACCAGCGCCGCGUCUACGAGCAGUGGCUCAAAGCCUACAACGCCUUCGCCGCCGACCAGCUGCGCUACUACGAGCAGGAGGUCCAGAAGCUCCGUAAGAUCCGCAAGUCGCUCAACAGCAAGCAACGGCAGCUGCGCAAGUCGGGGAACGAGCUGAUGCCGAACGACGCGGCGGAGCUGCGGCGGGUGUCGGCCGAGCAGGCCGCGCUGCAGAAGCACCUCGAGGCGGCUAGGAAGCAGUCCCGCCAACACAGCAUGCUCAUCCAAGAAUACGAGACGAAACAACGCCAGCAGAAUCCUCAGUUAGCACAGCAAUCUGUUAUAAGUCAACAACAGAUCACGACCAACCAGACCGUCUACACUCAAAACCAGACCAUUCCUCAAUCGCCGCAAAUGCAACAAACCGCCAUCAACCGGCCGAUGCAAAUAGGCCUGCAGGGAACUGUUCAGCAACAACAGAUUAUAAGGAACCAGCAAACUGUCCUUAGCUCAGACGGACAGCAGAGGAUAGGUCUAGUGACGUCGCCGCUCAACGCUCAAGGCCGCAUCCUCCAAAGCGGACGAACGCUAGUGAUAGAACAAACGGGAUCACCCCAACAGCAACUAGUCAGGCAGCUUUCCGGGGUUCAAGAGAGACCACAAUCCGUUGGGAUGGUACAGUUCGGGCAGCAGCAACUAGGAGUACGGAACACGAUGCCCGCGGGCGCUCAAACUCCACGCCCAGCCGGCACGAGACCCGCUAUGUCACCGCUACACGUGCAAUCCCCACAUUCGCAAUCUCCUUUACAUUCCCUUGCGCCACAGUCGCCUUUACACCACCUGACCUCCCCCAUGCAAUCGCCGCUGCAUUCCCAACAAUCUCCUUUACACCACACGUCGCAAUCACCUUUACAUCCCUCGACGCAAUCACCUCUCCAUACCCAGCAGUCUCCGCUCCACUCCCAACAAUCACCUAUGCAUGUGCAGCAGUCUAACGUGCCGCAGCAAUCCCCGAUGCACCAGAGUCCUAUGCAUCAGAGCCCUAUGCAUCCGCAACAGAGCCCAAUGCAUCAACAAGGCUCGAUACAUCAGCAGAGUCCAAUGCACCAGCAAAGCCCAAUGCAUCAGUCUCCAUUACAUCAACAGAGUCAAAUAUCUCAGCAAUCGCCGAUGCAUCCUCAACAUUCGCCGAUGCAUUCGCAACAGUCGCCUAUGCACCUGCAGCAAUCGCCGAUGCACACGCAGCAGAGCCCGAUGCAGUCGUCGAUGUCGCCGCAACAUUUCUUGCAACAGUUGCAAGCUCAGAGAACGAGCCCGCAGUUGCCGACGCCUAGUAGGAGUCCACAAAUAUAUCAACAAUCACAAAUACAGAGCCCGGUUUCGUCACAUUCACCUCAGAUGCAGUCGGAUUAUACGACGAGUCGGUUCUCACGGCCAGCCCCCGGUUGUUCUCCAUUGCCCAACCGCUUCGCCAGGCCUCCGCAUCACCAGCAAGGAAUGAGAGUGGGAGUGCCAUUCGGCAGUCGGCAGCAGACGUCGCCGCUCGGCAGUCCUCAGCCUCUGCCUUCACCCGGCAACCCUGCUAAUGAGAUGGCGCGGCAACAAAUGCUGCAACGACAGCAGUACAGCCCAAUGGGCGGCGCGCCCCCCUCGCCGUCCCUCUCGCGCUCGCCGCACGUGCGCACGCCCACCCCCUCCGCGUCGCCCGCCGCCUCGCCCGCGCCGCACGCCGACCACGGCGGCGGACACCACCACCACAUGGCGCCCAUCCCGCCCGGAUACAGAUACUUCAAGGUUGGCCUGUUCGGCGGCGCCCCCGUGUGGCCCAACAAGGACGACGACCGCCGCAGGCCACCCCACAUCAACAAAGUAUCCAUACUAAAGCGGCGAACACCCCCACGCCCGAGGUUCGCCGGCAAGAGCGCCCCCGGCACCUCCGACGAGCGACCGUCCGAGGAGUCCGCCAGUCAGAGCCCCAGUGAAACAAGAGAAUUCGUACUCUACUCGUCUGAUGGAGUAGAAUACUCGGCCAUGUCCGACGACGCCGCGAGAAUGAGCUUCGCGAAAGACGACGAUGACGAUAUAGAGGAAAUAGUCGAGGAACACCUCGACGAUGCCGAUAUAGUGGUAGUGGAGCCGGGAGCGAUAUCGCCCGAGGAACGAAUCGCCACCGAGGAGGACUUUGAGGAGCUCAUCGACAGCGGGAAACCUGAGGACGAAAUGGAGGAGGAAACUAUCCCUGAGAAAACUACUACCAGAACAGAGACUACAACAAAAACUGUAGCUGUUAUAAGCUUGUCCACUGCUAAUAAAGCUUCCCCUAACGUACAGCAAUACAAGCUGGUAAAUCCGUCACAAAACAGUGCCUUGUCGAGGCUGCCAGUCUUAAGCGCCACCGUGCUCUCCCCGCACGCCAACAAUAAGAUUCUAAACGAAGUCUCACAAGCGACUGUCGCUUCUGUUUCUAUCGCAAACCAGACCAUUUCAGUGCCCGUGUUAAAGAGCCUUUCCGUUCCUAUCGGCGGUCAUGGUACCGGUGCGAAACCUCAACUCAAAAAAAUGCCUCUUAAUUUAAAUAAUCCCCCCUUAACUAUCAACAUGUCCACGCACCCACAAUCGAAGCCGAUCAGCUCAGUCAUCAGCGUUAUAUCUUCAAACAUACCUAAAACGGCAACCCUGAAUCCAGUGAUUACGCUCGCCACGUCCAAUACCGCGGCGGGCGCUUCCAGAGUACCAGUGUCGAUACUAACGCAACAUCAAGUCAAACAAAAGAUCGUCAAAACCAUUGAAAAGCCAAUGGCUUUGUCACUGUCUAAUUCUAAGCUCUCUAGUCUCUCAGUGACGCAUGACGCGACAUUACCGGCAAAGAUAUUCCAAGAUGAAGCGGCAUCCCCUGACAGCACGGUUGCCUCGGACACCCACGCAGACAAAGAAAUACACCAGAUAACUACUACCGCGCAACAUUUGGGUGCCAUGACCUCUCAAGGUUUAGCUCAUUUAGACCAUAAACCACCUCCAAUAAUCAAAGAAACAAGCAAAGAUAUCGACAUUGAGACUGAAAUCAGUCAGCAGACUGAACUGCCACAUUCGUUAUGUAUAACUGAUAGAACGCCAUUGCUGCUCGGAAAGGCGGACAUAAAAAGUCCCGAUCCUAUACCAGAAAAGAUUCCCGACAACAUCAUGGAAGGUGACGACGAAGAUAAACCUGAAGACAGUCUACAAAGUAACCUAUUACUCUCUUAUAACAAAUCGAUCUCUGAUCAGUCACAAAAUACGUCAGCAGCUGACAAACAAGCGCAAGAAAACGUGGUAAAGACCAUUAAAGCUAUCGCGAACCAAACUAAAGAGAUGGUCAUCGAUUCUAACAUGCAAAUCACAUCCGAUAUGGCUCAAGAAUCUGUACAGAUUUCCAUACCGUCCCCUACCCCGUCACAGGAGAGGUAUUUGAAUGACAUCACUAUGCAAGAACACGCGGAAACUGUGGAAGGUAAUCAGAAACGCGUGGAGACGUUCGAAGACAUGCUGUGCAUGCUAGAGAAUAUAACAGAUGACGCUAAACCGUUUGCUAUGAAGCAACCUAAUCCUAAAGCGAAUCCUCAAACUCAUGCUCCACAAAAUCCUAACGUAAAUCCUGCCGCAAAACCGGAAAAUAAGGAACCAAUGGAGCAACACAGUUACCCCAAACGAGAUACGGACAGAUUGAGCUUACAGUCCGCUACAGUGCCUCAGCUCUCGCCGCUCUCUCAGCCAUCAGAGUUACAAUCUAACAUGGCGAACGUAUCCCAACAACUGCGGACCAUCAUGUCUUCCCUAAAUACAGCCACGUCGAAAGUGGAUGCUCAAACUGUAUCAUCGCUAAUGAGAAAAAAUAGUGACGCCACAGCACCCACGCAAGUCAAUUUCGAGAACCUUCUGCCGUCGUCCAAAGUUGAAGUUGCGGCUUCGAGGCCGUCACCAGUGCAGAGGAUGGAGAAACCUAUAACGUCCAUCCCUAAUUCAGAUAGUUUGCCAAUGAGCGCGGCACAAAUGCUCGGAUCCCGAGUCAACACGCUAUCAUCAAUGGGUCAGAAUAGAAAAUCCCCUACAGUGUCUCCCAUAAGCUCUCCUGUAGGCAUACAAAAUACAUUAAUGAAGUCCCCCGCUCAAUCACCCCUGAUAACUAACCAGGGCUUCUCAUCCAACGAAGACAUGAACGCUACGUCUGUAGCUUCCCAAAUGAUUCAAAUGCCAGCGCUCUCUAAAAUACACAGCUCGUCCGCGCCACAGUCCAUAAUGCAUUCCAACAACACUAUUACGACCACUGUCAGCGGAUUCCAAAAAGGGCAACCAUUACCUACAAGCAUAUUAGGGCAUACAUUGCUUCAGCCCACGAGACAAAUUAAUACAAGUAAUCUUUCUUUCAACCCUCAAAGCAUUAGCUCUAGUCAACCCCCAGCGUUGGUCAUGACGUCGCGACCUAUAAUGGGCAAGGAACCUCCGCCAAACGUGACCGUCCGCGCUCACACUCUAGUUAGCCCAGGAAUGAGCCAAAUGAACCAAAUGCAGACGAAACCUGCCCAGGGACCAAUUAAUUUUAUAACGUCUUCCAAAUUAUUGCAUACGCAACUAACCUCGCCGUUAAAACGAUCAAAAUCUACUGAUGAACCCAAGACUGAAGUUAUUGUUGGUCACAUACAGCCCACUAAGAGGCAUAGCGUGGAAUCGGUCAUUGUGAAAUCGGAACCAAUGGAGACCGACGAGCCGACGGCGACUUCUACGAUCGUUACGGACAACGCUGGCAACAAAAUCAUACAACAGAGUUCAGCCAAUCAGAGGAAUGAUGAGUCUCAAAAUGUGUUGUUAAAACAACUGCUGCAGACAACUACCUCGGCCGCAACUGUUGUCCCGCAGCGGACGAUGACUAUUCAAAGGACCGCACCGGCUUUAGGGACAAUACCCUCGCUAGAAGCCCAGCUAGCUAGACCUUCAAUUCCACCACCUACCCUAGCCUUGUCACAAGAAGUGGAAAUACCUAAAAACUCGCCGCGACAAAUCAUGACGCAUAAUACACAAGUCAGCUCGCCGUAUACUAGUCGACCGAGCAUGCAGACUAUCCAGACGAUGCAAGGCAUGCCCAUGCAGACUUCCAUUCCGACGUCUUCUAUGUCACCUUUGAUGCACUCCUCCACGCAGUCGCUCAUGGACGUACGAAAACCGAGUAUGAAAAUUAUGACUAAAGAAGAGACCACGCCGUUGCCGGAGAGUUCACCGACGAUAAAAGCGAUGCCAAUGUACCCCAUGGGCAUGGACGCUCAACAACUCCAUCAAGCGAUAAAGAAGGAAGUGACGCCGCCACAACAAAGCCCUGUCAUGAGACCUUUCACUCCCAUGGAUGUUAAGAAAGAGCUGCUCGAUGAGAGCUCACAGCAAUCCGCAACCUCUGGAGUCUCCACUGCUUCAGAUCAAGGGAAACUCGACCAGCCGAUGAAGGAAGAGUUUCCUGAAAGCGUCAACAUGGAUCCUUCAGCGGAAGCUAAUGCUCCCGAAACGCCUUCCGAGGCCAAAAAACGCAAGAGGCGAGAAUAUCAGCAGAAGAAGAGGAAACAAUUACAACUGAACAUGAAAAUGGCAGCGGAGAACAAUGUGAGUGCAGCGAACGCCAAGAAGAGACCGCGAAAGGGUUCACGCUACGAGGAAGACUAUGACACGUUUAUUGACAAUCUGAUGGCUCAGCUCCGGCUUCUGCAGCCAAUGCAAAUUCAAGAACCGUCCCUAACUACUAACUUUGCAGUCUGCCCACUUUUCGGGUCCGGAGACUUGACAAAAUUAAAGAACAAGGACUACGAUAUUAUGAAGGGCGAUCUGGUUGGAGAAUUCGGCAACGCAAAGAUCCCGAAUGUCGCCGAUUACUACAACACGAAGCCUUUUGGCGACGACGAGCCACUGCCGGAGAAACCGCAAGCGUCUACUCAAAGAGGGUUCUACGAUCAAGAAUUCCAGCCGAUCGUGUUUGAUGAAGAUCCAGAAGAUAAGAAAUUGGACUUCAUUUGUAAGGAGCGAGACACGGAUACUCCAGAUAGCAUAGUGAGCUGUUCGAGUCCCGAGUGCCUUGAUAUUGAACCAGGAAACCGCUUCCCUGGUCUAAAAUUCAUUGAUGACGACGAAGAAGAUGAAGACAGUGAUUCCGCAAUGUCCGGUAAAGUGUCCCCGAUCAUACCUCUAAUCGCGCCUGUUCCCAUCAGAGUCAAACCAGUCUCACUGUUCCAUUUGAAGGACGAAGAUGGUUCGACGGCGCUGAAGUGCCUCGACUCAGACUCACCCAUGAAGACUGUCGACUCGCCAGGUAGCACAGAGAGCAACGAAAACGUAACAGUAACACUAACAUUAACAUCCGGUGCCGCUGAAGAUAUACUAGGCGUAUUGAAAGAACUUGCGGGAAUUUUACACAUACCACCACCAACUUCCUACCAAAUCGUAGAAAGAACAGCUACGCCACCGUCCCACAAAUUGGGGCUGUACAGGUCAAAAGGCAAAGAUGGGAAAGAGGGUACGCCUAUUGACAUUCAAAGCAUACUCAACGGAGCGGCUAAGUUCUGCCGUCACUGUGAUGUAGUUAUAUUAGAUUCGGUCGUCAGAGCAAAGGCGUCCGAAUUCCCAUUGCUAUCAGCGAACAAAGGCGCCGAAGACAUCCUGUGCGAUAGCGAUUCAGAAUUAUACUUCUGUAGCGCGCAAUGUUACGAACGAUUCGCUUGGCGGCCCACGAACAUCAUUCUAGACGGGAAGUCGAAAGCACCCGUAAAAGAGGACGUCAAGUCUGACAACGAGACAAACCUAUCUAAAGACCGUGAUGACUUCGACACGGCGUCCACAGAGAGCAUGGAAACGGACGAUUUAGACAUCAAACCGGACAUCAAGGACGAAAAAAUGGACUUAUCCUUCAUAGACUCACUGGACAAUGACGAGCUGAUGAAAGAAGUUGGCGAGGACGUGGGAUUAGGCGGCUUAGAUGAAGACCUCAAGAACGAAUCAGACGAAAAGAGCAACCAGAGCGUAGAGAAGGAAAAAUACAGAGGCAUUCGCUACAAAGCGUGGUCGCCGGGCUGCAUCGGGCCGCCCGUCAAGUACAAGCGGCCCACGGACCGGGAGCUCACCGAACUCGUAUUCAGAACUGGCGUUGCUAUAAUGCCGGUGACUACGGAAGAUUCUCGACGUUGCGAGCUAUGCGGGAUCCAAGGCGACGGAGUGGCGGAUGGUGUUUCAAGGCUACUGAAUUGUGACGUGGAUCGAUGGGUGCACCUGAACUGCGCGCUGUGGUCUGAGGGAGUGUACGAGACGGUGAGCGGCGCGCUGAUGAACGUGGAGACGGCGCUGGCGGCCGGCUCUAACGCCACGUGCGCUGUGUGUCGCCGCCUCGGCGCCACCGUGCGCUGUUUCAAGGUGCGGUGCGGCAGUGUGUACCACCUCGGCUGCGCCGUCAAAGACAACUGUGUCUUCUACAAGAACAAGACUGCUUUCUGCGCUUCACACGCACCCAAGAGCGAAAAAGAUAACGAGCUGACAACUCUAAGUGUGCAACGUCGCGUAUACGUGUCGCGCGACGAGCAGCGACAAGUCGCGUCCGUCAUGCUGCACUCGGAUACCAACCACCUCAUCCGAGUGGGAGGCCUCAUCUUCCUGAGCCCCGGGCACCUGCUGCCGCACCAGCUGGCCGCCUUCCACACGCCCAACUACAUCUACCCUAUCGGAUAUAAGAUCGUGAGAUUCUACUGGUCGAUGACGCGCGCCAACGCGCGCUGCCGCUAUGUGUGCUGGAUCUCGGAGGAGCAGGGCCGCCCGCGCUUCCACGUGCGCCUGCAGUCCGAGCUCGAGCAGGACAUGAGCGCGCCCACGCCGCGCGCCGCCUGGGCCAAGGUGUUAGACGCAGUGGCAGCGUUGCGCGAGGCCCGCGGGGAGCCCGGCGUGCUGAAGCUGUGGCCCAACUACGUGACCGGCGAGGACCUGUUUGGACUGACAGAGCCGGCCGUCGUGCGCGUGCUCGAGAGCCUUCCUGGCAUAGAAACCCUGACGGACUACCGGUUCAAGUUCGGUCGGUCGGCGCUGCUGGAGGGCGGGCUGGCGGUGAACCCGUCGGGCUGCGCGCGCGCGGAGGCGCGGUGCCGGGCCUCGUGGCGCCGCGUGCCGGCCGCGCGCGCCGCCGCCGCGCCGCCGCCGCAGCUCGCCGCCGCCGACGGGCCCGCCUGCCCCUACAGCAAGCAGUUCGUGCACACCAAGAGCAGCCAGUACAAGAAGAUGAAGUCCGAGUGGCGGAACAACGUCUACCUCGCCAGGUCGAAGAUCCAAGGGCUGGGUCUAUACGCGGCUAGAGACAUCGAGAAGCACACGAUGGUGAUCGAAUACAUCGGCGAGAUCAUCCGUUCCGAACUCUCCGAGAUCCGCGAGAAGCAAUAUGAAGCGAAGAACCGCGGCAUCUACAUGUUCCGUCUGGACGAGCGGCGCGUGGUAGACGCGACGCUGUCGGGCGGGCUGGCGCGCUACAUCAACCACUCGUGCCAGCCCAACUGCGUGGCCGAGGCCGUCGAGGUGGACCGCCAUCUGCGCAUCAUCAUCUUCGCCAAGCGCCGCAUCGCGCGGGGGGAGGAGCUGGCGUACGACUACAAGUUCGACAUCGAGGAUGACGCACACAAGAUCAUGUGCAUGUGCGGCGCCCCCAACUGCCGCAAGUGGAUGAACUGAACGCCAACAGAACAGUACCGAGUACCGGACACCGGACACUGGACACCACUCGCAGUAGAUAGCUAGUGAGCGAACCUCUAUCCUUGUCGUAUUGGUUUCCUUUUAGUGUAAAAAGGCUAUGAAACCUAGUUUUUACCAAAGUGAUUUUAGUACCCCUAGUGUUAAGUGUAAAAAGUCUUAGGUAACCGAUUUCACUUUCACGAGCUGGCAAGUGUGAUUUAGCCGUAAGAAUAAUGAUUUACAGAUAAUCUAUAGUUUAUUAUAAUUUUAUAUGUGGACGUCGCGACGUUUGAACACUUUUUGUACAUAAUAUUAAAUCGGUAUAUGAAACGUUGUUAUUGAAUUUUGAUGUUUUAAAUGUGACAUUUCGUAGCGUACUGAUUGGAGUAUUUUUUUUUAAUUUAAUAUUUUGAUGUGUUCUAUGAACGUUCGGUGUGGCCGCUGUUUUCUAUUGACAUUUUAUUGGUUUUAAUUUAAAUAUAUUUUUUCACGGAUGACUUUCUAAAUUGUUGUUGAAUCUUAUACAAAUAAAAUAAUGAAUCGAUAUUGAAUAGUAGAAUAGUUUUGAUAAUCUCACAGCGAUGAAGUACUUUAGGUAACCAAAUAGAAGAAUAUGCAUUUAGUACACUAGGCACGAGUAUAUUUUAUGAAGUAUCAUUACAUAUGCCUUGUGGUGCCUGUUUUGUACGUCGUAGUACGUUAACGUUACGGUAGGUUACACGACACCACAGCACGCCUUGGUCCGCCCGACCCACCCUACAUAUACUAACUAGUGUAUACGUAUUUAUGUAGCGUAGCGCUCGCGCGACUAUUCUUACACUCGUACUGUAGUGAAGCUAGUGAACUAUUACGAUACCGGUCAACGUAGUCACUUAAAAUACACUUUUAAAAAGAUUUUAUUUAAUCAUCUUGCAACAGUCUUAGAACUAUGAACUAAAACUAUUUAUUUUAAGUCUCAGAUCAUAUUUUUAUCACACGUUAGACUGCACUUUGAUAAGACAUAGUUAAUGAAUUUUCCGCGAGCUGUAGGUAGCGUAAUUUAUAUGAAUAGGUUAUUUUUCCAAAUGUGAUAUUACCUCACACGGCGUCACAUUCAUUUUGUAGUGGCGACUUAGAUCUAGUGUAAGCUAGGUAUCGCGUAGGAACUGUAAAGUUGUCCGAGCUGAACUGCGACGCGACGCGUUACGGAUAUAUCAAAGCCGGCUGUGACUGUCACUUGUCCUAUAUUAGAUCAGUUUGCGUAUGUAUAAAGAUCGCAUCGCGUUACGUCAUUCACCUGGGACAAAGGUCGGCUCUUCGGUAAACAAAGUGAUAUGAUACAUUAUCGGCAGUAGACCGACGCCCAGCCCGGGCUGAAUUCUGUGUCAAUAAUAUCUUAGUUCGAGUUUAUAGAAAUUUAUUUGAACACGAAGUUGCCAUCUACCAAUGUUAUGAAAUCAUGCAAUCUAAUUUUAAGUGUUAAAUGUGCAAUACCGUAUCCUGAAUACAGAUUGUAAAUAAUCCGGGUAGUAUAUUACUUAUAUUGUAAUCGCGAAAUAGUUUUUUAAAAGUUGUACUACAAUAAUCGUUUCAAUUAUUAUGUUCUCAUUGCUUUUCUAUGGACUUAUUUAUUUAAAGCAUUCCCAUAAUAUUACACUGAUUUAAAAGUCGAUCCAAUCUAUUGUUUCGGAGUUUAUGUAUGACAAUGUUUGUAAAUUGAAUAUUGUAGAAAUAUUUCUAUACAAUAAUAUUUUUAUUGCAUUAUUUUCCUAUCAUUAAACCUUAAUUAGUAAA